UUCCAAGAGCGGUCAUAAGUAAUCUGGAUAAUAUCUAAUUUUGUCAAAAUGCCAUUUUUAUUUAUUUUUAAAAAUACAAAAAUAAUUGAUACUAAACUAAACUAUAAAAUAAAUAAAAAAAUAUAAAAUUAACGAAAUCAAUCACAAAUGCCCGCAACCACAAAUAUACCCGGUGUAAAAGUGGCCAUUACCCUCGCUGUGUCCUCCUUUUUUGGAAGUCAGUUGAAAAACAAUAUAUAAAACAAUCAUAGUACAACUACUGCCAUUAAAUUAUACAGACUCAAAGUUUUUACUCACUAUAGUUUUAAAAUCAAGAAAACAAAUGAUGUCUUAUAAACCAACGCGCAAAAACCACUAACUACUUAUCUAUUAUGUACUUUUUGAUAAGGUUCGAAUGUGUUAAAAGUAUUACUAUUAUAAAUUACUAGAUGUUGCCCGGCGCUUCGAUCCCGUGGUAAUUUUGAUACAAAAUAUAGCCUAUAACAGUCUUGUAUAAAAUGUACCUUUCUAAUGGUGAAAGAAUUUUUGAAAUCGGUUCAGUAGUUUCGGAGAUUACCCGCCUCAAACAUACAAACUCACAAAGUCACAAACUCACAAAUGCUUCCCUCUUUAUAAUAAUAGUACGUAUAGAUUAGAAUAGUAAACAAUUAUGAAUAACGAUAGUGUUAUGAUUCAAUUGUCUUCAUCACACAUUUAUCACCUACUUUAUAAAGGAUCUCAGUAUUUUUCGAUUCAUUAUUGCACGUAGCGUUGAUCUGCUCAGACCUAUUUACAAAAUUUUGUUUAUUUUAAUUUUAUUUACAAAAUGUAUAAUAAUAAUCUCAUUGUGUAUGGAGAUCAGACAGUGCAAGUGCCCGCUCAUUUGAACUUCGGAAAAUUCAUGCUAGACAAGUUACGUCUGUACAAAAAUGAAAUCGCUCUCGAAAACGCAGACACCCAUGAGACAUUAACCUAUGAGGAGCUAACUCAAUACGCAGUCGGCCUGUCCUGUGCUCUAAAGAAACUAGGGGUAGGUUUAGGAGACACGGUGGCCUUGGGCUCUGAGAAGCGCCUUGAGUUCGUGCCAUCAGCCUUGGCAAUCAUCUUCACGGGCGCUACAUACACGCCGUAUGACUUGAAGAGUGGCAGAGCGAUACUCAAACACAAACUGAGCAUCACGAAGCCGAAAUAUUUUAUCUGCACCAAUUUAUUUUGGAAUACAUACGAGGAUUUGUUGAAAACAUUUGACUGCAUAAAACAUUUUAUAACUUUGGAUGAAAAAACGGACAGUUUGAUUUCUGUGAAGAGUAUUUUGUCCCAUGUGGAUGUGAAUAAUUUUGAGCCGGAGAGGGUCCGCGGCCAAGAUGAUGUGGCCUUUGUAUUGUAUUCUUCUGGCACCACUGGUAUGCCUAAAGGAGUUCAGCUGACACACCUUAAUUGUAUACUGAACAGUUUACCACACGACUUCCAAGACAGCUCGUUAGCGACUGGCUUCGUGUACGGGGAGUGGUAUCAUAAUUACGACACUUUCAUGACGUAUAAAUUCCUCUCGGCCGGUCGGAAAAUGGUGUACAUUAACGAACCGACACUCGACGGCUUCCUCCGAUGUGUUGACGAAUGCAAGGUAAACGUCGCAAUGAUAGUACCCUCCCUUGUUGGGUUCUGUUCAAAAGCUGAAAACAUUAGUCGAUACAAUCUGGAAUCUCUCAAAAUUGUGUACUCGCGUUCGUCACCUCUCCAUAUCAAGACUAUAGAAAAUGUAAAAAGACGGUUUCCUAAUCUCCAGAAUAUUCUACAAGGGUACGGAAUGACUGAAUGCGGUGAACCCACGUCUGAAAGCUGGGGUACUAAAGGACCAAGACCCGGCAGCGUGGGCAUGCCAUCUCCAGGCCUUAUCAUUAAAAUCGUGGAUCCACAAACAAAUGAAAUAGUGGGGCCAAAUACACAGGGAGAAAUCCGCGUUGCUGGCCCAGUAUUUAUGAAAGGCUAUAUAGGAAUCGAUCCGGCAACGUAUUUGGAUGAACAGGGAUUUUUCAAAACCGGCGACCUCGGAUAUUAUGAUGAAGACAAAUACUUUUUCAUUGUGGACAGAAUGAAGGAAAUUAUCGUGUACGAUGGGUAUAAGGUCGCCCCACUAGAGCUGGAGUCUAUACUGCUGGCGCAUCCUAAAGUCCUAGAAGCAGCUGUCGUGGGCAAGAUAGUUCCAGAUUUUGGUGAGGAACCCACGGCGUUUGUGGUGAAACAACCGGGAGUCGACGUCACCGAGACGGAACUAGUGGAUUAUGUGGCAGCUGAGGUAUCACCAUACAUGCAACUUCGUGGAGGAGUCAGGUUCAUCGAUAAAAUACCAAGAAACACCAGAGGGAAGGUCCUCCGACGCAACCUCAGAGAAAUAUUGAAUGGAGGAAUCAAUUUUAAUUCAUAAUGAAUUGACUCAUUAAGAAAAUAAUUACCGAAGCUUAUCAAAACAAUUCUCACAUUAUAAAUUGUCAGUCUCUUUGUUAUGACGCAGUUAUUGCCCGACAUAAAUAUUUCUACUGCUAAAGUUGAAUAAACGCUAAAUUGGUGUUUACUUGUAAUUAACUUUUGUAAUUAUUUAAUUGCUUCAUUAUUAUUUUACUUACUUUACCUAGUGCUAACCUGACUCACUAGUACUUACGCUAGUAAGUUAUAAAUAACAACUUAUGGCGGUCAAAUUGUUGAUGUAGAUAUUUUGAUAAGUUUAAUUCACAUCACAUUAGCAAAAGAUGAAUGAAUCACGAAAAUAAAACUAACAAGAUUGGUCGUCGAUGACGACGACUUCAAAAGGUGAUUAAGCUAAUGAACUAACAACCCAUAGAUUAAAGUUAGUAAAUUAAAGAAGCACCUCAUUUUUUCGGUGACCACACAUGUCGACAAAUGUCCAAUGCUGAAAUGGUGAAAAAAAAAAUUAGUUUUUUUUUCGGGUUCAAUAUCAAACUAGCUUUUGCCGCGGCUUCGCUGCGUUUAUUUCGUGUCUAUUAUUUAUAUCUCGAGUUCUGAGUAACGUAUCGCAAUGAAACAUAUAUCAUGUUUUGAAACCUUUCGCUGUACAACUGUAAAAACCGCAUUCAUCCAUACAGUAGUUUUUGCCUGAUGUGGGAACAAACAUACAGGCAGAAAGACAAACAUUAAAAAAAUGUUUUGGCUUCUAUUAUUCCCUCAUAAUUAUUUUUCUUUAUUAUAUCCUAUUACAUACAGGCUCACUUACAAUUUUAUUAUAAUUGUACCCAUCCAUGAUUUGUGAUUUGUGAUUUGUCCUAAUA